AUGAUGCUUACGCAGUAUUUCAGCACGCCUGCCCUGGCGGUCGACGCCGAGGAGGCCGUCGCCACAGACAGGCUGGGGCACAUCCGCGUGGCUGUGCGGGUGCGACCGCUGCCCUCUGGGGAGGACGGCAUCAUCGAGGUGGCGGGCAGCAACGCGAUCGCCGUCAAGAAGGAGGCUGCCACGGGCGGCAACGAGCACCUGCGCUCGCAGCAGGGGCGCGUGGAGGAGCGGUCCUUCGACCGCGUCUUCGGACCGCUGGCCACGCAGGCCGAGGUGUACGACUGGACGUGCGCGCCCCUUGUGGAGGAGGCCGUGUCCGGGGGCAAGAACGCCACGGUCUUCGUCUACGGGGCGACGGGCGCGGGGAAGACCUACACCAUGUUCGGGGACGCCCCGAGGGCGCAGCAGGGGGUGAUCUUUCGCGGCGUGCGCGACGUGUUCCAGCGGCUGGAGGGCGCGGCCGACGACGGCGGCAACUUCCAGGUGAAGGUCUCGUUCCUGGAGCUCUACAACGAGUCCGUCAACGACCUGCUGCAGGAACACGGGGGCGGCGGCCUGUGCAAGGUGCUGGAGGACGAGCGCAGGGGCAUCGUGAAGGUCCAGCACCUCCGGGAGGUCGAAGCGAAGAACGCCGACGAGGCGCUGCAGCACCUCGAGGCUGGGAUGUUGGCGCGGACCGUCGAGGCCACCGCCGCAAACUUCCAGUCCUCCCGCGCGCACGCGGCCUUCACCCUGACCGUCGAGCGGGUGGCGAGGGUGCAGCCUGAGCCGAACCGCAUGUCGUUCGGUCGUGGAGCUGGCCAGGAGGCGCGGCAGCUGCACUCCAGGAUCUGCUUCAUCGACCUAGCGGGGUCCGAGAGGGCAAAAGCGACGCUCAACCACGGCGCCUCGCUGAAGGACGGCGCGCGCAUCAACCAGUCGCUGCUGGCGCUCGCGAACUGCAUCGACGCCCUGACCGCCCGCGGCCGUGAGAAGGUCCCUACGCUACGGAAGAAGGCGCCCUAUCGCGACUCAAAGCUCACCCUGAUGCUGAAGAGCUCGCUGACUGGGGAUGGCCUCGUCGCGAUGAUCGCGAACGUGCACCCCGGCCGCACGCACUUCGAGGACUCGAACAACACCCUCGAGUACGCCAAGCGCGCCUCCUCCGUGCGCCAGCCGGCCCGGAGGAACUCCUGGGCCCUGCUGCCGUCGCCCACCGGCGCGUGCUCGACCCCCCACGGCCGCUCCGGCCCGUCGCUGGGCACCCGGUCACAGCAGCCCCUGCGGGCGGUGCGCGAGGAGGGCGGCUCGCUGUCGACGGAGCGGUGCAUCGCGUCUUCCUCCAAUCUGCCGGCGCCCUCCUCGCGCGUGCGUGGCCGCAGCCGGCGCGGCGCGGAAGGCUCCAGCGCGGGCUCACCCGCGGAGGCGCCAGCAGAGUGCGCCGGCGGCGGCACCGACAGCCCCGCCGCGCAGCAGGGCCCCAGCGCCGACGCGCCCUGCGACGAGCGACUGCGCCCUGGGGAGUCCGCGCCGUCGCCCGGCGGCGCCCCGGCCGCCGCGGCGCCGGCGGCGCGCCGCGCGUCCGCGCACGGGCUUUCGGAGAGCCUGUCCGAGCUCAGCCUGUCCGUCCACGACGGCUGCGGCAGGGGCGAGGCGGGCGCGGGCAGCCCCGGCACCAGCAGCCCUGGCGGUCGCAGCUCGGAGGCGAACGAGGAGGAGCUCAUGGGAGACGACACGAGAGACCUGUCGCUCCUGAUCAAGCACGCCCACGGGGCCCGCGUCGAGUCUUUCGAAGGUGGCAGGAGGCUGCAGCACCAUGGGGGCGGGGAGUGCGCCUGCGCGGCCCCGUUCUGGAGCGCCUCCCGUGCCGGAGGGGAGCACGGCGCGGCCCCGGUGGCAGGUGUGCCGACGCCUGCCAGGGGCCAGACGCCGUCGCCUGCGCCCCGGCCCGGGGAGGACGACGCGAUCGCCCUGCUGCGCCAGGUCAUCAGCACGCUCCAGGCCGACAAGACGCGGCUGGACUCCAUGCUGGAGGCGGUGCUGGAGGAGCGGGACUCGCUGGCGAGGCAGAAGCGCAGACUCGAACAGGACAACGAGCACCUGCGCGCCGCGAGCCUGGAGAAGGACCGCCAGCUGGCGACGCUCGCCGCGCACGCGUGCUGGGCGGCGCCCCGCCUCACCGUCCGCCACGAUUCGGGGGCGCUGCUGAAUGCCGUCCAGGCCGAGGAGUCGGCCCGCGAGCUCGCGCGCGGCAUGGCGUGGGCGGAGUUCCCCUCGGCGGCCAUCCUCACCGGACUGCGUGCGGGCCUUGCCGCGAACUUAGCGCGGGAGGCGUACGCCGCGGUGGCGGAGCCUCCCGGCUGCAGCACCGCCGCCACCUGCGCCCCGCCGCCGCCGGGCGCUGUCAGCCCCAAGCUAGGAGCCGUCCUGAAAAAAGAUGUGCGCGCCAGCCUCAAGCAUCAGGCCUCCCGUGGGCCAGUUGAACUUGUUCACGGCGGCACCAGCGGGCUCCUCAGGGCGGGCAAACCAGCAGGAAUCGGCAAAGUUGGGGCGUGGCGGGAGGUCUUCGAGACUGACGCCCUGGCUCCCCACUCGAUGACGGGGUAUGCGGAGCAGUACACCGCCCAGAUGAGGAGGGGUGGCCUGCCGUACGUCAUCGUCGGCUCGGGCUCCGCGUACCGAGGCUGGGGCCAGAAGUGGCACGCCGCGCGGGAGAUUCUCGAGCGCCUCCCCAGGCGUGCGCUGGUCCUCGUGUCCGACUCCCGCGACGUCCUGCUGAACCUGGCCCCCGGCGCGGCCCCAGGGUCGGCGGCCCAGCGGCUGGCCGCGAGCUUCGAGGCGCUGACUGCAGGAGCCCUGGAGGGCGCCGUCGUGGCCGGCGCCGAGGGGCGGUGCUGUGUUUCGGCCCUGACAAACGUGAGACCCGGCGAGCUCUUCGAUGAGGGCGGCGGCCGUCGCGUGCGGGCGUGCAGCUCCGGGUCGCAGGGCUGUCCGUGGCGGAAAGGCGGCGUGCGCCUCUGGGAGGAGUUCAUGGGCGGCCUCGCCGCAGAGCGUGGUGCCGCCGGGACGGAGGUCUUCCUGAACGCUGGGCUGGUCGCAGGCUGCACGAAUCCCACGGCCCCCCCCCCCCCGCACUCGUGCAUCAGCGCCCACUCGUACUGGUAG